CUUAUAAGUAGACUUUCCCACUCACACCAAAAUUCGACAAAGAAAAAAGAAACAAAAAUCGUCACUGAAAUUGCUACAGUUGAUCUUCAAUGGAGAACAAUAACGCAUCGAGUUCAUCGCUGGGCCCAGGUGGGCUGGAUCUGACCAGCGCCUUUUUCAAGCCCAUCCAAAACUCCGAUCCUCCAAUCCCCACCAACCGCUGCACCAAGAUCUCCGUCGUCGGCGUCGGAAACGUCGGCAUGGCCAUCGCUCAAACCAUCCUCACUCAGGAUCUCGCCGACGAGAUCGCACUCGUCGACGCCAAGCCUGAUAAGCUUCGCGGCGAGAUGCUCGAUCUCCAGCACGCCGCCGCUUUUCUCCCCCGCACCAAAAUCACAGCUUCCGUCGACUACGACGUCACCGCCGGAUCCGAUCUCUGCAUCGUCACCGCCGGCGCUAGACAGAACCCCGGCGAGUCCAGGCUUAACCUCCUUCAGAGAAACGUCGCUCUCUUCCGCCACAUCAUCCCUCCGCUCGCGAAGUCAUCUCCUGAUUCGAUCUUACUCAUCGUCUCCAAUCCCGUCGAUGUUUUGACCUACGUCGCCUGGAAACUCUCUGGUUUUCCGGUGAAUCGAGUGAUUGGAUCGGGCACCAACCUAGACUCCUCUCGGUUCCGAUUCCUAAUCGCCGAUCAUCUCGACGUCAAUGCUCAGGACGUACAGGCAUUCAUUGUAGGAGAGCAUGGAGAUAGCUCAGUGGCAUUGUGGUCGAGCAUAAGUGUUGGAGGCAUCCCUGUCUUGAGUUUCUUGGAGAAGCAACAGAUUGCUUACGAGAAACAAACACUUGAAGACAUCCACCAAACUGUUAUUGGCGGCGCCUACGAAGUCAUAGGACUCAAGGGCUACACUUCUUGGGCGAUUGGCUACUCUGUUGCAAGCCUGGCUCGAACCAUCCUCCGUGACCAGCGCAAGAUCCACCCUGUAACGAUCCUGGCUCGUGGAUUUUAUGGUGUUGACGGUGGUGACGUCUUCCUCAGCCUCCCGGCUCUGCUAGGACGCAAUGGCGUGGUCUCUGUGACCAAUGUGCAUAUGACUGAUGAAGAGACCGAGAAGCUCCAAAAGUCGGCCAAGACUAUAUUGGAGAUGCAGACCCAGUUGGGACUUUGAACAUUAUCUCUCUGCUUCAAACUUGUUUGGAUUUUUAAACUUUUGUUUUUGAUAUGAUCAUCAUCCACGGAUGUUUUAAUGUCUUGAUCUCUUUGUGUUAUGUAAAUGCUUGUUCAUGCCGAAUGAUCUCUUUGUGUUAUGUAAAUUCUUUGUUUCUAUUUAGAUUUUAAUAGAAACAGAAGAAUGAUGUUGAGGGUGAAAAAAGUUUAAUGGUGUAAUGGUUUCAGGCUCUCAGCACA